UAAAUUAUCUAUGUCAUCAAGAAAUGAUCUGACAUUGUCAUUCGGUAACACCAUGUAAAUAUAAAUUUUAGUGAUGUAAACUUAUAAGGAAAUUGUAAAAAUGCCUACUUAUUCCUUGGACAUUAACCACCGGUUAUCCGAUUUACUAAGUAUAUUGGAGAAUAGUGAGUCGAUGUCGAACCCUCGAUGCCUUACCACGUGUUUAUUUUAUCAUGACCGAACUGAAAUCUAGUGCAUCCGAAGAAAAUACGUUGUCUUCUAAAGGAUAUAAGUUACUUAAAUUCAUAGGUGAAGGAGCAUACGCUAAGGUUUUCUUAACUGAGUAUUCUAAUAAAGACGAUUCUCACAGAGCGACACUCGCGUGCAAGAUUAUAGAAACAUCAAAGGCUCCAAAAGACUUUGUUGUAAAGUUUUUACCGCGUGAAAUAGACGUCCUUAUACGUUUAAACCAUCCACACCUAAUACACGUGCACAGCAUAUUUCAACGAAAAACAAAAUACUAUAUAUUUAUGAGGUAUACUGAGAAUGGCGAUUUGCUCGGAUAUAUUUUAAAAAACGGUUGUGUAUCCGAAAAUCAAUCGAGAGUGUGGAUGCGACAACUUGCCCUAGGGUUACAGUACCUGCAUGAAUUAGAAAUUACUCACCGAGACAUUAAGUGCGAAAAUGUAUUACUAACAGCUAAUUUUAACGUAAAAAUUUCUGAUUUCGGUUUCUCGCGGUUUUGCGUGGACGAGGACGAGAAUACCGUCCUAAGUGAGACCUACUGUGGCUCCAUGUCAUACGCAGCACCAGAGAUCUUACGCGGUAAACCGUAUCUCCCAAAACCGACUGACCUCUGGUCGUUGGGAGUGGUGUUGUUUGUAAUGCUGAACAAGUCUAUGCCCUUCGACGACACUCGUAUGCGCAAGUUAUAUGAGCAACAGAUGGGCAAGAAGUAUCGGUUCAGGUCGCGAGUCGCUAGUGUCCUUUCACUGGAGUGCAAGAGCGUCGUGAAACAUUUGCUGGAACCUGACCCUGGACUGCGUCACACCGCUACGCAUAUUCUAAGCUCCGAGUGGAUUGCUAUGGACAGUAGACUAACAACUUUAAAUGCAGUAGAAGCAGCAGCACUGAAGCGAGCAAAAGAAGAGCGUCGAAAAUUAUCAGAAACCCGCAAAAACCCACCAAAAAGACAAGGCGAUAUAUUAGAAGGACAACAAAGAGAAUCUGUAUUUAGGGCCAGUGAAAUGAUAAAAUCUUUAGCUAAUGUAACAGCUAAGCAAAAGAAAACAGAGUAGAUGGAGGGUAAAUCUAAGUUUCAUAAUAUUGAAGACGAUUUAAAGCUAACUGGUUCUGAACAGCUUACGCUUGCGACACGUGGUUACAAAAUGAUGAAAAAGAUUAAC